CACAAUUAAUCACACAGAAAUGAGCAGAUCGGUUUUAAUCGCUUGUGUCAUUGCAAUCACUAUUUUUACUUUACCUUUAAAUAUUCAAACAGUGAAUAGUUUAACGCCUUGUGAAGUAGCACUCAAUGAUGUAAAACCCUGUUUAACAUACCUUUGGGCUCCUCCUGAAGCUAAGCCAUCACCAGAUUGUUGCAGAGGCGUAAGCAAAGUGAACAGUAGUGUUAAAACGUUUGACCAACGUCGUGAUAUGUGUAUUUGUCUGUCAACUGUAGCAGCAAUGACUACAGCCGAUCCAUACAAGUUUGACCAUUUGCCAAAGUUAUGUGGUAUUACCUUAUUCGCACCCAUUGGUCCAAAGCUUGAUUGUAACAGCAUUAAAGUUUAAGGUGAGUAUGACAAAUAUGGAAUCAAAGUAAAGCUAGUAUUAGAUGAAAAUUUGAUUCAUGUACAAGAAAAUCCCUUCAAAUAAUAAAACAAUAAUACAAAUUUUUUUUGUCAAAACCA